CAUUGACAGGUCUGGGUCAGCUAUCAGACUAGCAGAAUUGUACUUUAUCUUUUAAUUUGGAUUUUUACAUAAAAAUCCUUACAUAAAUAGUAAAAUGUUGACUAGAACAUUAGCCUCAAGGGCUGUUCUGCUAAAAGCUUUUAAAAAUGGUGCAGCUACCGUAAAGCAAGCUAAAAGAAACUCAGGCCAUGGAACAUGGUCAUACCGAGUACCACCACCACUCCCGUCUAGGAAAUCUAUCCUUUUAGCUGAGGGUCUUGGAGCAUUGGCCUGGUGGUGGAUCUUUUGGCAUCUCAUUACUGAGCCAGAUCAUGUCUUUGGUGAAUUUCCAUAUGUUGAUCCCCGAAGCUACACUGAUGAGGAACUUGGCAUACCACCAGACUCCGAGGGCUCAUUGAGGAAGUGAAUAUGAAUAUUUCAAUUUGUAGUUCUUUUUUCUGUUGAUGUUAUUUAAAUUAUAUGAAAUAUCUGUAGGCUU